CAUCUCAAAUGAAAAUUUCAAGGGUAGUAUAGGUAUAAAAAAUACGGUAGUCUUAUUAUCAAUUACCAUUACAAUUUUAAUAUCUAUUUCACCCUGCUUGGAUAAAAUCUUGUGUCCUCCACUGAUGGGAAAAUGCAAACAAUCAACUUUUUAUACAACAUGUCAGGGUGUAUGAUGCAUGUAUGUAUUAAUAUUGGAAACCAUCUCUACUCAUAACAAACAUGGCUCUUUACUUUUUAAAGUUACUUCCAAAUAUCUUGUGUUUAACUUCUUAUUCUUCAACUUAAAUAUGUCCAAAUUUAGUUGGUCUUGCUAGAAGUUCCAUCAGCCUCAAAUAUAAGUGAUGAUUGAUCAAUGCCAUGCAUGGAAAUUAGACAUAUGAAACUUACCUUUCAAUUUGUGUCGAAUACAUACAGAACACCAGUAAACAUCAACGAGCAAUAUAAUGCUAAUAAUUAGAAAAAGAAACAAACGAGUACAAAUAAAGAAAUUUGGUUUGUCUGGAUUCGAAUCUAUAAGCAAACAAAGGUACAGAAAUUCCUUAUUUAAUUUCGGUUGGUUGUUGAGUGAUAUUUAACAUGUAUGUCACUCUUAUUGUCCCUAUAAUUAAACAUGUUCAACAUGAAGCUCCAUUUCACUGAUUAAAACAAAUGUACUACCAGUUAUUUCAUAUGAUAGAGUAGUUAAUAGACUUAAGAGUUUCCAUUUUUUAUCAUAAUAACGUCGUUGUCCAGAAAUAUUUUUGGCUGGCUCAGUUUUGUACUAACACGAUCUCUAAUGCUCAACCUUUAACAUAAAUUUCAUGUAUGAGUUUGGGAAGCCUACCCUCCUCACAUAAGCAAGUCAUGAAGUUGUAGACUAAAACUUUAAUGAUAGGAUGAAGUUUCCUUUUUGUUGGAAAAGGUAUAAGUUGCCAUUGUACUACCGAGAAUUGCUCAAUUUUGCCCUUCGUUAUACUUUCGAGAUAUUUAUAUCUUUGUCGUUACUUGUUAGACAAAGCUCCAAUGUGAAAUGGUUGGAUUCUACGUAUCAAAAUAUUUUGUGAAAAGAAAAUACGAAUAUUUCAUAAGAGCUUCUUACUCUUGCAUUUCUUGCAAACCUGUGGAAAACUACUUUAUGAGUCGAGGUCUAUAUAAACAACUUCUCUACCCCACAUAGGUAUAAGUAAGGUUUGCGUACACCUCACCUUCCCUAGACCUCACUUGUGGGAAUAUACUAGGUAUGUUGUUGUUGUGCUUCCGAGAGUUACCCGGUACUUGUGUUGGUGGGAGAUAGCAGGUACCCCGUGGAAUUAGUCAAGGGUCAUGCAAGUUGGCCUGGACACCACAAUUAUAUAAAAAAAAAGUUGCUUGUUUCCUGAGAUAAAAAGCAGUACCAUUAUAUGACGUUAAUACACCACUAUUCAGAGGAUGUUUCAUUUCUUAUCAUUAUUUUUGAGAAGUUGCUUUCCUGACAAAUUUGUUAUAUGGCCAUUCCAAUUCUAAUGGUGUCUUUUGUAGACAAUGAGGGUUAUGCUUUGAAUUGCUUCCAGCAUUCUCCCUGCGAGCUUUUUCUUGAUUGCAUAUUCAGAGUUCAUUUGAGUUCCACAUUCUCUGAAUGGGGCGUUUAAGACUACAAUCUAGUAUCAAGGCAAUAGAAGAGGAGCCGGAAGAUUGCGAGACCACUUCCAAUAAAACUGCUUUAGCUUGUAUGGUUAACUCUGAAAUAAGUGCUGUUUUAUCUGUUAUGAGAAGAAAUGUGAGAUGGGGAGGUCGUUAUGUGUCUGGGGAUGAUCAACUAGAGCACUCGCUAAUACAGUCUGUGAAGACAUUACGUAAACAGAUAUUUUCAUGGCAGUAUCAGUGGCAAACCGUCAGUCCAGCCUUGUAUCUCCAGCCAUUUCUGGAUGUUAUUCGAUCUGAUGAAACUGGGGCACCAAUCACUGGUGUUGCAUUGUCUUCUGUUUUCAAGAUUUUGACUCUUGAUUUUCUUGAUCAUAAUACUGUCAAUGUUGAAAAUGCCAUGCACUCUGUAGUGGAUGCUGUGACCAGUUGCAGAUUUGAGGUAACUGAUCCUGCAUCAGAAGAGGUUGUGUUAAUGAAGAUACUUCAAGUACUUUUGGCGUGCAUGAGAAGUAAAGCGUCAGUUAUGUUGAGUAAUCAGCAUGUUUGCACCAUAGUCAAUACGUGCUUUAGAGUAGUUCAUCAAGCUGGAAGCAAGAGUGAGCUCUUACAGCAGACAGCACGCCACACCAUGCAUGAACUUGUGAGAUGUAUUUUUUCCCACCUUCCAGAAGUUGACAAAAUGCAACAUUCUGUAGUUAGCCGAGGCAGUUCCACCAAAAACAAGGUUGUGGGCCUUGACAAUGAGUGCAGUUUCAACAGCAAGUCAGAGCAUGGUAAUGGUACUUCUGAAUAUGAUAGCCAGCCACUUUCUGGAGCUUUUACUUCUUCUGCUUCCACAGGUCUUCUUAACAGUGUUAUAGAUGAAGGCAUGGUCAUGAGUGAUAAUGGGAAGGACAAUGUUUCUAUUGAUUUACAUUUAAUGACUGAACCAUAUGGAGUUCCAUGCAUGGUUGAGAUAUUUCACUUCUUGUGUUCUUUGUUAAAUGUUGUCGAACAUAUAGGGAUGGGCCCCAGAGCAAAUACCACAGCAUUUGAUGAAGAUGUUCCACUGUUUGCCCUUUGUUUGAUCAACUCAGCCAUUGAAUUGGGUGGCCCGGCUAUACAGAGCCACCCUAGAUUGUUGAGUUUGGUUCAGGAUGAAUUAUUCCAAAAUCUGAUGAUAUUUGGCUUGUCAAUGAGUCCAUUGAUACUUUCAACAGUCUGCAGCAUUGUUCUAAAUCUGUAUCAGCAUUUGUGUACUGAACUAAAGCUACAACUUGAGGCCUUCUUAUCCUGUGUUGUCUUGAGACUUGCACAAAGUCGUUAUGGGGCUUCAUACCAGCAGCAGGAAGUAGCCAUGGAGGCUCUUGUUGAUUUUUGUAGGCAGAAAUCCUUCAUGGUAGAAAUGUAUGCAAAUUUAGAUUGUGAUAUCACCUGCACCAAUGUUUUUGAAGAACUUGCGAAUUUAUUAUCAAAGAGUGCAUUCCCUGUGAACUCUCCAUUGUCUGCCAUGAACAUUCUUGCUUUGGACGGUCUGAUUGCUGUUAUUCAGGGAAUGGCUGAGAGGAUAAGCAAUGGAUGUAGGUCACAGCAAAAUCCAAUAAAUCUUGAGGAGUAUGGUCCAUUCUGGAUGGUCAAGUGUGAGAGCUAUAGUGAUCCUGAUCAUUGGGUACCAUUUGUACGUAGAAGGAAGCACAUAAAGAGAAGGUUAAUGAUUGGAGCUGAUCAUUUUAAUAGGGACCCUAAGAAAGGGCUGGAAUUUCUCCAAGGAACGUAUCUGUUGCCAGAUAAACUUGAUCCCCAGAGUGUGGCUUGCUUUUUCAGGUUUACAGCUGGGCUAGAUAAGAAUCUUGUGGGGGACUUUCUGGGAAAUCAUGAUGAAUUUUGCAUUCAGGUUCUUCAUGAGUUUGCUGGAACAUUUGAUUUCGAAGACAUGAACCUGGAUAUUGCAUUGCGGCUGUUUUUGGAAACUUUUCGACUACCUGGGGAAUCUCAAAAAAUUGCAAGAGUACUUGAGGCAUUUUCAGAGAGAUAUUAUGAGCAAUCUCCACAGAUUCUAGCUAAUAAAGAUGCUGCUUUGCUGUUGUCAUAUUCACUAAUAAUGCUCAAUACUGACCAACAUAAUGUUCAGGUAAAGAAGAAGAUGACAGAGGAAGAUUUCAUUCGAAAUAAUCGGAACAUUAAUGGAGGUAAUGAUCUCCCUCGUGAAUAUCUAUCUGAAUUGUAUCAUUCUAUCUGCAACAAUGAGAUCCGCACAACACCAGAGCAAAGUGCUGGUUUUGCUGAAAUGAACCCAAGCCGCUGGAUUGAUUUGAUGCACAAAUCCAAGAAAACAUCUCCAUAUAUUGUGUGUGAUUCGAGAGCCUACCUUGAUCAUGAUAUGUUUGCCACUAUGUCUGGUCCAACUAUUGCUGCUAUCUCUGUGGUAUUUGAUCACGCUGAACAUGACGAUGUCUACAAAACAUGUAUAGAUGGUUUCUUAGCUGUUGCCAAGAUUUCAGCUUGCCAUCAUCUUGAAGAUGUUUUGGAUGAUCUGGUAGUAUCUCUAUGUAAGUUCACAACUCUCUUGAAUCCUUCAUUGGCGGAGGAACCUGUUUUAGCCUUUGGCGACGAUGCAAAAGCAAGGAUGGCAACUGUUACAGUUUUCACUAUUGCAAAUGAAUACGGUGAUUUCAUCCAUACUGGUUGGAGAAAUAUCUUGGAUUGCAUCUUGAGAUUGCACAAGCUUGGCCUUCUUCCUGCUCGUGUGGCAAGUGAUGCAGCUGAUGACUCAGAGGCACCUUCUGAUACAGGACAUGGGAAGUCCUUGCAUAAUUCGUUAUCUUCUGCUCAUUUGCAAUCCAUAGGUACUCCUAGAAGAUCUUCUGGACUUAUGGGGCGAUUUAGUCAGCUCCUAUCUUUAGAUACUGAAGAGCCAAGGUCUCAACCUACUGAGCAACAACUCGCUGCUCACCAACGCACACUGCAGACAAUUCAGAAGUGUCGCAUUGAUAGCAUCUUUACAGAAAGUAAGUUUCUUCUAGCUGAUUCCUUGCUACAGUUGGCACGGGCUCUCAUAUGGGCUGCCGGGAGACCUCAGAAGGGUAGUAGUUCUCCUGAAGAUGAAGACACUGCAGUAUUCUGCUUGGAACUGCUGAUUGCAAUCACCUUGAACAACAGAGAUAGAAUUAGACUUCUUUGGCAGGGAGUUUAUGAGCAUAUUGCUAGUAUUGUCCACUCAACAGUAAUGCCUUGUGCUUUGAUUGAGAAAGCUAUAUUUGGACUCCUUCGCAUCUGCCUGAGGUUGCUUCCCUAUAAAGAGAACUUAGCUGAUGAACUUUUGAGAUCACUACAACUUGUUCUCAAGCUUGACGCCCGGGUUGCUGAUGCAUACUGUGAGCAGAUUACACAGGAAGUCAGUCGGCUGGUUAAAGCAAAUGCGACUCACAUUCGUUCUCAAAUGGGAUGGCGAACAAUUACUCUUUUACUUUCUAUAACAGCAAGACAUCCAGAAGCUUCUGAAGCAGGAUUUGAUGCCCUGGUUUUCAUUAUGUCUGAUGGAGCCCAUUUGUCCCCUGCUAAUUAUGUUCUUUGCAUCGAUGCAGCAAGAAAUUUUGCAGAGUCUCGUGUUGGACCUGCGGAUAGACCUGCUCGGGCGGUGGAUCUUAUGGCAGGUUCAGUUGCUAGUUUAGCACGCUGGUCCAAAGAUACUAGGGAAGCUCUGGCAGAGACUGAAGCUGUGAAGUUGUCCCAAGAUAUCGGAGAGAUGUGGUUGAGGCUUGUACAGGGACUGAGGAAAGUUAGUUUGGAUCAGAGAGAAGUUAGGAAUCAUGCUCUUUUAUCCCUACAAAUGUGCCUGACAGGAGAUCAUGAAAUUUACCUUCCAAAUAGUCUAUGGUUGCAGUGCUUUGAUAUGGUCAUUUUCACAAUGUUGGAUGACUUGAUUGAACUUGCAUCACAAAAAGACUACCGGAACAUGGAAGAGACACUUGUUCUUUCCUUAAAGCUCCUUUCGAAAGUUUUUCACCAGUUGCUGCAUGAGCUAUCUCAAUUGACUACAUUCUGUAAACUGUGGUUGGGUGUCCUCAACAGAAUGGAAAAAUGUAUGAAGGUGAAAGUCAGAGGUAAAAAAAGUGAAAAGCUUCAGGAAUUAGUCCCUGAACUUUUGAAGAACACCUUGACUGUAAUGAAGUCUAAGGGGGUACUUUUCAAGAGGAGUGCCCUCGGUGGAGAUAGCUUAUGGGAAUUGACUUGGUUGCAUGUAAAUAACAUUGCUCCUUCUCUGCAAUCUGAGGUUUUCCCUGAUAAUGAUUCAGAAAAUGUACAGCCUGAUCCCGUGUUUGCUGAAACCAAUCCAAAUGAAUAGCUUGUUGAGUAAUUAUUCAACCUUGCCUCUUCAAGUCAUCAGGAGAAGUCAUGUUGGUGGCAAUUUUCGCACUACGGAAGGGGAAGGAUUACUGUAGUCUUGUCCCAGAAAGAGAACACAAAGAGAUGAAUGUCUGGUGAUUUUCUUCCAGAAAUUUCAACAAAGAUCUUUCUCAGAUAAUUGUGUUGGAUUGAGCUCAUAUGUACAGAACACAGCUUUUACCCUUUUGAUCUGUCAGUGUGUUGCUGCACGAGUUCUACUAAUCUGCCUUACAUUCAUAAUAUAUUUGUAUUAGUCUGUUCAAUUCAACAAAUUUACCUUUUCGGGAUCAGCCCAUUCUGUAUUUGAUAAUUUUUUCAUAGGGAAUGUUGUUUUUCCAAAUUUUCAAACUCUAAGCUUGUUAAAGUACCAUGGUAUUGAAUGUCUAGUGGCCUUUGUAGUU